CAUUAGAUAUUCCGCAUGCGCGCUCUCUAUUGGACUGAAAAGCGUUCAGCGUGUUCGCCAUUGCAGCGUUUAGCUGUCAAUCACCGCCGUGAGUGGGUUGUUGUCGACAAGCGCCGCCCUCUUGCAGUCUGGCCCCGCCCACCUGCCUUUUCCUCACGCGCAGCUGCGCGGGUGACGUCACAUGCUCCAGCAAUGAUGGGCAGUCGAGCGAGCGCUGAGAGAGCACACACUACUACAGUCCCUGAACACAGUGACAAGAUGAGCACCCUUCCCCUCUCACGCUCAGAGGUGUUUGGGCAACUGAGGAAAGAACUACAUGACGAUGAGGAAUUUCACCAAUCCGAUGUGCAUAUCUUCAUCAUCAUGGGUGCUUCGGGAGAUCUUGCCAAAAAGAAAAUCUACCCAACUUUGUGGUGGUUGUUCAGAGACGGUCUUCUCCCCGAACAGACAUAUUUUGUGGGAUUUGCUCGUUCUGAUCUGACCGUGGAUGCCAUACGCACGGCCUGCAUGCCCUACUUGAAGGCGGUAGACUCUGAGGCAGAGCGCCUCGCUGCAUUCUUCAGUCGAAACUCUUACAUCAGUGGGAAGUAUGUGGAUGAAUCCUCUUUCGGUAACCUGAACACUCACCUGCUGUCCCUGCCUGGAGGAGCUGGGGCCAACCGCCUCUUCUACCUGGCACUGCCGCCCAGCGUUUACCAUGAUGUCACCAAGAACAUCAAACAUCAAUGCAUGAGCACUAAAGGCUGGAACAGGAUCAUCGUGGAGAAACCUUUUGGCCGUGACCUGCAGAGCUCAGAGGAGUUAUCCAGUCAUCUCUCUUCUCUCUUCACUGAGGAACAGAUUUACCGGAUAGACCAUUACCUAGGCAAAGAGAUGGUCCAGAACCUCAUGGUCCUCAGGUUUGGAAACCGGAUAUUUGGACCCAUCUGGAACCGGGACAGCGUGGCAUGUGUGGUUCUGACCUUCAAAGAGCCGUUUGGUACCCAGGGCCGAGGAGGAUAUUUUGACGAUUUUGGAAUCAUUCGUGACGUGAUGCAGAACCACCUGCUGCAGAUGCUCUCUCUGGUUGCCAUGGAGAAGCCCGCAUCCACCAGCUCUGAUGAUGUUAGAGAUGAGAAGGUAAAGGUGCUGAAGUGCAUUGAACCGGUCUCUCUCUCAGAUGUGGUCUUGGGCCAGUAUGUGGGAGAUCCAGAUGGAGAAGGAGAGGCUAAAUUGGGUUAUCUAGAUGACCCAACUGUCCCUAAAGGCUCCACUCAGGCUACAUUUGCCACAGCAGUGCUUUAUGUAAAGAAUGAACGCUGGGAUGGCGUUCCCUUCAUCCUCAGGUGUGGAAAGGCUCUGAAUGAGAGGAAGGCGGAGGUGAGGCUGCAGUUCACUGAUGUUCCUGGAGACAUCUUUGACUCUCAGUGCAGGCGGAACGAGUUGGUGGUCCGCGUGCAGCCCAACGAGGCCAUCUACGCCAAGAUGAUGAGCAAGAAACCUGGAGUCUAUUUCAGCCCUGAGGAGACAGAGCUGGACCUGACCUACCACAGCAGAUACAGGGAUGUUAAGCUGCCUGAUGCUUAUGAACGUCUGAUUUUGGAUGUCUUUUGUGGCAGUCAGAUGCAUUUUGUACGCAGUGACGAGUUGAGGGAAGCCUGGAGAAUCUUCACUCCUCUUCUUCAUCAGAUAGAGACGGAGAAGACGCCACCCAUCAAAUACAAAUACGGGAGCCGAGGUCCUGCGGAGGCUGAUGAGCUGGUGCAGAAGGUGGGCUUCCGCUACGAGGGCACAUACAGAUGGGUGAACCCACACAAACUGUGAAAGAACAGGACCACAGAGAUGAGAGGAGCUGAAGCCUGUUUUAAAAAAAGCAGCCCAAGAGGAGUGCCUGAGAAAAGACAGAGAAAAGGGCACUUAAAAAAAAAAAAAGAAUUUGAAGAUGCACUCAUUUAAAGAAGGACCAACAAACAAAAGAUCAGCAAAUACAAUUUUCUUUAUAUGUUAUGAAUUAUUACCUGCUUAUUAUGUUAUAUAAUGCUUUAUAGGACAUUCCUCAUUAUUUCUUUCUAUAUUUCAUAAUUAUUUCGUAAUUUUGUUAUGCAGUUAAGCAGCGUUCAGAUGUUCAUAUACUGCACUGUCAUUCCCUGUGUUCAGAUGCUUUAUUGUAUAAGAACAACAAAGCGUUUGUUCUGCAUUCCUCUUUUCACAAGCAAGUCUUAACAUGAAAUGCUGCUCACAUUUCAAAAGUGUUUAUAGGCAGAAGGAUGGUAUAAAAGUACAAUCUACUAGUUGUCUUCAUGCAUUUUGUCGCAACUUUGGUUGCAAGCUUAUUAUUAAAUGGUAUAAUUGGACCACACAGAAGAAAAGUUCUAGAAAAAUACAGGGAUUAGGAAUGGAAGGGAAAUGGUGACUUUUGGUACAACUUAACAACCUGAAUGUAUGUGACAUUUCACCAUGUCUUAAGGCUCCCACUGAUUGGCUGAAAGAGCCAUGAUUGUUUAGUCUUAUUUAAGCAAAUGUAUUACAUUCCACAUCCCUCUGUUAAUACUUUAAUAGAUGAGCUUUGAUGUUCAUUGUUACACCGCUCUCAAAACGUGAGUUUAGCUUGGGCAUUGUCUCUUUCUGCUCAUUAUUGCUUUUGGUUUUGCACUAGUUAGACAUUGAACCAGCGUCAAAAAAACAGCUUUAUAUUAGAGUUUUUGACAGCACUGAAUUUCAUCAUCCUGUUAGUGUGCCUAAAACAACUUUAGAAAACUUUUUUUUUUUUUUGGUGAUGCUUGAACAUCUGUGAGCUAUUUCACUUUUCUGUAAAAGUAAUGCCCAGUGUUUUCUAUUUUAUUAUAAUAGACGACUACUUUUACAAUAAAGCAUAGCUAAGAUGUA